AUGGACGUUAAACACUUCUUUCUUUCUAUCUAUCUAUCUAUCUAUCUAUCUAUCUAUCUAAUUCUGUUCAUAUCUAUCUAUCUAUCUCAGUCUGUUCAUAUCUAUCUAUCUAUCUAUCUAUCUAUCUAUCUAUCUAUCUAUCUAUCAUGCUUGUCGAUCCGGCUUUCACAAGAAGCUUGUGAAACCGGGUUUAACAAGAUGCUUGUCGAUCCGGCUGUCACAAAAAGCUUGGGAAACCGAGUUUCACGAGAUGCUUGUGACACCGGGUUUCAUAAUAUGUUAGUUUAUCCAGGUUUCACAAGAUGCUGGCCCAUCGGGUUCAAUUUCUUCUUUCUUCUUCUUUCUUCUUCUUUUUCUUUUUCUUCUUUUUUCUUCUUUUCUUCUUCUUCUUUCUUCUUUUUCUUUCUUCUCCUUCUUUUUUUUCUUCUUCUUUCUUCUUCUUCUUCUUUCUUCUUCUUCUACUUCUUUCUUCUUUUUCUUUCUUCUCCUUCUUCCUUUUCUUCUUCUUUUUAUUUCUUCUUUCUUUUUCUUCUUCUUUCUUCUUCUUCUCCUACUUUUGAACUAUUAUUUCUUAAUUUUCUCCCUUGUUGUUGUUCUUUCUUUCUUUCUUUCUUUCUUUCUUUCUUCAAUUUUUUCCCUCUUCUUAAUCUGUUCCUUCUUUUUCAUUUUCUUUUUCUUUUUCUUUACUUAUUUUUUCUUUUUCUCUUCUCUUUUUCACCCUAUAACCUGUUCCUUCUCCUUUUCCGCUUCCUCCUCCUCUUCCACUCCUCCCUCCUCCUCCUUCUUCCAACUUUCUUUAUUUCUUUGCUUCUUCACUUUUCCUCUUCUUCACCUUAUAAUCUGUUUCUUCUUCUUUUUCUUUCUUUUCGUCUUCACCUCUCCUCCUCCCCACCCUAUAAACUCUUCUUCUUCUUACUAAAACUUAUUUACAUAUUUAUUCUUUUCAGUCUUUUCUUACUUCCUUCUUUUCCUCAUUUUUCCGUCGUCGCCAUCUUGUUAUUGUUAAAAUUUCAUUUCUUCUUUUUAUUCUUUCUUCUUCUUCUUCUUCUUCUUCUUCUUCUUCUUCAUACCUAUUCUCUUCCUUUCCACUUCUAUUUCUCUCUUCUUUCUUUUCUUCUUUUUGAUAUAGUCUUCUUCUUCUUUUUUCUUUCUUUUUCUUUUUCUUCUUUUUCUUUUUCUUUCUCUUCUUCUUUUUCUACAUUUUUCUUCUUCUUCUUCUCCUUUUUCUUCUUCUUUUUUUCUUCUUCUUUUUCUUCUCCUUUUUCUUCCUCUUCUUCUUUUUCUACAUUUUUCUUCUUCUUCUUCUUCUUCUUCUCCUUUUUCUUCUUCUUCUUUUUCUUCUUCUUCUUUUUCUUCUUCUUUUCUUCCUUCUUUUUGAAUAUUUUUAAUUUUUCUUCUUUUUUUCUUCUUUUUUUUCUUUUCUUCUUCUUUUUUUCUUCUUCUUUUUUUCUUCUUUUUUCUUUUUUUUUUUUUUUUUCUUCUUCUUUUUUUUCUUUUUUCUUCUUCUUCUUCUUCUUCUUCUUCUUCUUUCUUUUUCUUUCUUUUUUUUUUCUUCUUCUUUUUUUCUUCUUUUUUUUCUUUUUUUCUUUUCUUUCUUUUUUUCUUUUCUUUUCUAAAUCUUCUUCUUCUUCUUUCUUCUUCUUCUUCUUCUUCUUCUUUCCUUUUUCUUCUUCUUUUUCUUCUUCUUCUUUAUUUCUUCUUCUUUUCUUCUUUUUUUCUUUUUCUUUCUUUUUUUAUUUUUCUUCUUCUUUUUUUUUUUCUUCUUCUUCUUUCCUUUUCUUUUUCUUCUUCUUUUUCUUCUUUUUUUUUCUUCUUUUUUUUCUUCUUUUUUCUUCCUUUUUCUUUUUCUUCCUCUUCUUCUUUUUCUACAUUUUUCUUCUUCUUCUUCUCCUUUUUCUUCUUUUUUCUUCUUUUUCUUCUUCUUUUUCUUCUUCUUUUUCUUCUUUUCUUUUUCUUCCUCUACUUUUUCUACAUUUUUCUUCUUCUUCUUCUUCUCCUUUUUCUUCUUCUUUUCUUCUUCUUCUUUUUUUUUUUUUUUUUCUUCAUUUCUUCUUUCUUUUUCUAUUUUUUUUUUUUUCAAAUCUUUUUUAA